AAUUGUGCUGACAGACGAAAAUUUGGCAAAUCUUUGCUCGCAAAUGGUUAAAAUACGUAAGGAAAUUAUUCUUUACUAAUACUUUAAAAGUCUUGAAAGGUCGCAGGGAACUUUUUCCAAUGAUUUCUUUAUACUGUACUUUUGAAAGGUGGGUUUUUCUUACUUGUACAGGAAAUUAUUUUUAAAGAUUGAGGAUGACUGAAGCUUCAAGUCCAAUAGAUUUGGAUGGAAACCCUUUUGCGGCUCUUUUUCCAUCCAUGGAAGACGCUGUGCUUUGUGCGACACUGCUCCAUACUACAGAAGAAACUUCAAGUUGUUCGAAGAAUUUGAUUGAUGAUGAUUCUUCCAUGCUCGCAGAGACUGACGAUCAGACCUUCGAUGUCAAUUUAAUCUUGAAUAACCUACUGCAAAGAGUAUUUUUGAUAACAUUGCAAAGAAAUCAGUCCGAGAGUGAUAAUGAUCGACAAUAUGGAGGCAUCCCCCGAUCCUGUGUAUAUCUUCCUGGUACAGUGGGGGAUCUUAAUGGAUCAAUGCAAUACCUAAACUGGGAGAUAUUGGAUCAGGCCCUGUUAGAAAGGUUAGUGAUGGAAAAUCCUGCUGACAAAAUUGUGGAAGCAUCAGGAUGCAAGAACUCUCCAAAGUAUCUAUUAACCUCGGACGCAGCGGACAGAGAAGUGAUCUCCUAUCUCUGUGGGUGCUUUCAUCGAAGACUUCAGGAGGGUAGAAGAUGGAAGGAAGAGUACGAUUUAUUGAUGUACUAUUUGCAACAAUGUGAAGACUAUAUCAUUUCUUAUGUGAGAACAUGUUUGGGGCAGCCUGAUAUCUUUCCUGCCCAACAACCGCACGAAGAGUUUUUCAAACAAAUGUUGAGCAUGACAGAAGGCGAUGAGUUUUUUCAGUUGUACGAAAGCCUGAUUGAAGAUGAUGGAACGAAGAAAAUGGAGAAUCGUGAGAUUAAAGAUAUGUUUAAUCCCGUUGUUGAGAUGGCUGUCAAAAAGAUAAUGUCGACCGAAAUAACCAUGAUACAACCGGAAGUUACCCCAAUGUUAAACUUGUUGUUUGUCUUUUCUCAGAAUGAACAUUUAGCUGAGCUUCUUGUGAGUUCUCCUUCCUGGAUUCCGUUCAAUUCAUCAGUUCGUGGGCCUGGUGGUCGUUUUGCAGAACCAGAAAUGGGGGGCGUCCAAUUCGAGAGAAACUCAAUAUUGGGUCUUUUUCUUACAGUUUCUAGUAUUCCUCAUCAAUUUGUUAGACACCAGAAUUAUUUUGCUAAUCCGUCAAAACAAAGCCACGGUGAGCUGGAGGCCACAACGUCACAAUUGAGAGAGAACAUUCAAUUGUACUGUAACAAACUUACUCGGAUAUUUAAGAACCUACUAAAGGUAUGUCGAAAAUCAAAACACGGCAUUCUUCAAUGGAUUUGUCUUUGUCUUUCUGCGAACGGAGAUCGAGCGAAGAUGGCGAGCAAUCCCGACCUUUUAGCCGGCGAUGGAUUCUUUUUGAACUUUGGGAUGGUGCUUUUAUCCCUGUGUCAACCGAUUCUCGAUCCUAAAUCCUCUAAACUCAUGAAAAUCAAUCCACGGAUCGGUAAUUCAAGCACAUCGCGGGAAAAUGGCCAAGACGAAGAAAACAUUCUUGAUCCUCAAGACUUGCGUGUAAUGGAGGUUCACAUUGAUGGUCCUGGUUUUACGAAAGAACUCUUCUACAUCACCCAUCGCUGUCUUGUAAUGGGCUUGCAUGUAACCAUUGAGAAGUACCAAACUUUAUCCCAAGAAUUAUCUAAGGUUCAGGAAGACUACGAUCAAGCGCUUCAAGAGGUGCACGACAGGGGAAUUCGUGACAGAUUACGCGAAAAAUUGGAGGAAGGUGUCGAGAAACAACUGUCUAUAAAGUGUCAUUUGUUGCAUCCGGGUCUCCUUGAACUUGCUUUGAAAUUUUACAUCACCACUUCCGUUUGGUUGAUCCAAGUACUGAUUGCUCAGGACGAUCUCGAGCACAUGGUUUAUCACGAGCCAUCAAUGGCUGUAUCAUUAGAGAAGGGUAUUGGAUUGCGCUAUAUUCCAGAUUUUAUUAUCGAGAAAAUUAUUGACAUUGUUGUAUUUUUACGACGUUUUAACGAGGAGACUUUGGAAAGUGCUGGCGAAAACCUGGAGCAUAUUCUUCAGUUUGCCACCAUUUUUAUCAGUAAAUCCCAAUGCAUUAAGAAUCCACAUUUGCGAGCGAAGAUUGUGGACGCUCUGGAAGCGUUACUUCCUAUAAGACCGGAACAAGAACUUGAAAUGAGAAGAUAUUUUCCUUCAAUGCACAAUCGACGAAAAAUGUUUGAGAAUUGUGAACUCGCCGCGAAAGAGCUCGGUCCUGGUUUGUUGUCUAUAUUUUGUGAUAUCGAAAAGGGGGAUUACUUUGAACAGAAAUUUGGCUAUCGACAUCGGAUGUACACUGUUCUCGAGUUCAUUUGGUCGUUGCCUCGUUAUAGAUCCAGUAUCAUAGAGCUAAGUAAACAGGUAGAGGAUGUCGAUGGCGAAAGCAAGCCAGCCGUAUUUUUAUUCUUUAUCAAUAUGCUCGUUAACGAUGCGACCUUUUUAUUGGACGAGGCUUUAACCUAUCUUACAACCGUAAGAACUUUGCAGAUGGAGCGUGAAAGAGGGGAAUGGGACAGUCUGCAAGCACCGUUUGCCCGAAUGGAAAAAGAGCGACAAUUAGACAACUCGAUGAAAAUGGCUCGCACUCACAAUAUACUCGCAAACGAGACGGUGAAGACCUUGGCUUAUCUCACUUUGGAUAUCAAAAGACCGUUUCGUAGUUCAGCGAUGGUUUCCAGAAUAGCCGAAAUGUUAAAUUACUUUCUUGUUAAACUUGUUGAUAGGAAGAAAAUGGGAGCCCUCAAGGUAAAAAGUUUCGAUGAACUUCAUUUCAAACCAAAGCAACUGGUCUUCGACAUCGUUUCAAUCUACCUAAACCUUUCUGAUGGCGAUGAAAACGACUUGUUUUGCAAAGCUAUCGGGGAUGAUGGUCGUUCAUAUUCGGUCACCUUGUUUCACGAUGCCAAACGGGUUCUGGGACAGAUCGGGACAUCCGUUGAUGUCAUAAAGAAUUUUGAAAAGCUGGAUAAGAAGAUACAAGUAAUUGUCAAAGAGCAGAAGGAAAUUGAUGAAUUUCUUCCCGAGGCACCAGAAGAAUUUCUUGACGCCAUCUUGUGCACACUGAUGUCGGAUCCGGUGAAGCUUCCUUCCGGGAAGAUUGUGGACAAGGCUGUGAUUAUAAGGCAAAUCUUAAGCGAUCCUAUCGAUCCGUUCAACCGGCAACCGCUGACAGUAGAGAUGCUUGAGCCAGUGCCUGAGUUAAAGGAAAGAAUUGAGCAGUGGCUGAAAGAAAGGAAGAUAAAAAAAUAACAGGAUGAAAAACUGGCUUUCAUUGGCAAAAUUUUACCUUGCAAAGCAACUGUUCAAUUGCCUUAGCACGCCUGUACACAUGGUCCAAGUUUGUGUCGGAAAGAAAUCGACCGAUGUCUGGUAGACAAAGGAAUCAUAAACUUUACUGUGUACAUAGUUGAAUGAUGUACACUAAAAGCGCAUCUGAUUUUAUUUCAUUUCAAAUGUACUCCCUACUUACUAAUGAUACAGUUUAUUUUAAAUUCUUCAGACAAGUUAAUCUCUGUCUGUUAUUAACGUGUUGGUAAUCACUGUCUGUUAUUAACGUGUUGGUAAUCGCUGUCUGUCAUUGCCAAUAUGCUGUUUGGUUAAUGAAAGUUGACGUAGAAACCUGUUCUUUCUCCUCGAUUUACUUUGAAGUAAUCGCUGUUUUUGGUGAAAUUAAUUUAAGCGCAAUUCGUUUCUAAUGGGACUGAUGCAUGUAGCCCGUAGUCAUGUACUUUUUUUUGUUUUGGCCAAUGAACAGAUUACUCUAUGUCAAUCAGACAUAACUCCAUA